AUGACCGCCCACGAACUCUCGUUGGAGGCGAUGUGUUACGCUCACUUGACAAUCGAGAUCGUCGCCAAACUCUUCUCAGUCGUUCUGCUCACCGUGAUGAGUCUUGAACGAUAUUUUAUUGUUUGUACGAGGCUAAGAGCGGCGUGUGAUACGUGGAUGACUGGUGUUCCGUUAGUGGUAGGCACAUUGUUUUGUGUAGUUGUGCCUUCAACAUUCCACUUCUUUCACAUCAUUCAUCAUCAAUUCACAAUUCCUGGGAUGGAACAUAUCACUGUUUGUAUACCAAAUAUGGACGACCACGUGUUCAAUAUGUAUGCACAGUACACAUUUGCUGUUGGUUUUGUGGUGCCGUUUUUUCUCAUGACCGUCUGCUACAUCCUUCUUGUUCGUCAUGUCCGAGCCAAGUUCAAGAACCGAAAAGGUAAGCGCUGA